GCGAGUGAGUGACGGGAUAUUGUUUCAUUGUUGAGCUGCCGGCCGGGACCGUUUCGUGUUUUGUUAGUUCGCGGCUCCGCGCGAGGCCCGCUCCUUCCCGUCACCUAGCAGCAGCAGCAGCAGCAGCAGCAGCAGCAGCACCAGUGUCAGUAAUCUGUGCACAGCAGUGCGUGUUUCUCAGGCCGGAGUGCAUGUGAGCUAGUUAGUGUGUGUUAAGUACUGUUAUCGCAUCGUGAACCAUCGGGGUUCUCGUCCCUCUCGACGCCUCCUUCUCAGCCGGGGGGAAGUCUAGUGACAGGCAACAGCACCAUCGGCAGCCCUCUGUUGCCUUGCCGGCCAUCAAAUCGCAAGUCCCAAGCCGUGUCAUCGAUCAAGCACCAUCAACAAUUGCCGAACGGCGCCAAUCCGGCUUCUCACACACACCCAACACAUGCGUUGGAUGCAACACUGGCGACAGAUUGACCUGGUCCAGUGAGGUUGCAUAGAGAGGUCUGGGGAAACACGCCGCCGACCCCUGAUUCGCGCCAUGCUCGGUCGCAUUUGGCAGUGAGUGAAUCGCGAUCCGAUUGGCCCAAAAAAGCAGCAGCUGCAGAAUCAUCGAUAAUCGAUAUCCCGCGAGAUAAGGACGAAGCCCUGGACGACGUGGGCUGCAGCAAGUGGCCGGGCACGUCCGGUGCGGGCGCAUGAAACAGGAAACCCAGGCCCCGGACGACGUCAGCAGACCGAACGCGAUGCUCUCGGCCGUGGAAACCCUGAUCCCGGCUCCCGGGGGUCGGGCUGGUGCACCGGGUGGUUAUACGCCGCCCCACCACCACCAUCACCACCACCAUCACCUCCAGCAGCAGCAGCAGCAUCAACUUCCCCAUCAGCAGCAGCAGCAGCAGCCACCACCUCCACAUCCCUUCCAUCACCAUCACCACCGGCAUCAUCCGAUGGCGUUGGCUUCGGCGUCACUGCUGAACCAGCUACCGCUGGCAGCGGCUAUCCCGCCACUGCUAGCCACCACACCCUGCUAUCCGCACUCUUCGCCGAUGGCCAGUGCCAGCGGUGGAGGUAGCAGCACCGGCAGCAGCAAUGCCAGCGCGAGUGUCACCGAGUUCGCACGUCCCUUCCCUAAGCAAAGGUACGAGGACACGCGCAUGGGAAUCUCGUCGGUGUCCGAGCGACGCUCGAAGUACAGCGUCGAGGUGGCCCCGAUAUCACCGUCCGGUGACUACAAAGCGAGGGCAACACCGCUGUCGUCCGGUGGCCUGCCUCCUCCCGGUGGACCGGUAAACCUGGCGCUCGGCGUUGCGGGAGCAGCAGCAACCUCUGCGAAUCUUGUCGCUGGCAACGGUGCUGGUGGCCGGCCGGGUAGUAACGGGGGGGCCAGCAGUAAUACGCUAACCGCGGAUACGCAAUGGGCAGGGCGCCAGGGUAUGUGUGGUAUUGAGCCGUACAAGAGCUAUAACUCGCUCGCCAGCACGCGCGAUGGUCGUGGGACGGGCGAGGGUGACACCGCGAACGCAGCGGCCACGAACCUGCACCAUCCCAAGGCGCUCAGUGCGGUACAGCACCACAUCCAGCAGCGCCAGCAUCAGCAGCACCAGCAGCUACAGCAACAGCAGCAACUGCUGCGUAACGAUUACGUUGAGCGAUCGCUGAAGGCGCAACAGAAGCAACAGCAGCACCUGUACCACGGUGAGGUACUCGAGGUGAAUGGUGAUCUUGCGAAAGCCUCGUAUCCAGCAUCGGUCACCGGUGGGUGCGCUAGUGGUGGUGGUGGUGAUGGGCGUCAACUACCAUUCUUCAAUCCACCGGCACUGGAUGUCACCGCUGGAGGAUAUCCCGGGUUGAACUAUGGUCUCUUUCACUACAGAGGCAUCCUUGGGCGACCGGUCUACACGGCCUCGCAGCGCAUUAAUGAACAGCAGUACGACACCACAGUCCCAAGCACCACCACGGCACCGUAUCGAGCGUCCACGUGCAGCUCCAGCAGCAGCAGCAGCAGCAGCAGCACUUACGGAAACUCUACCGCCACCGAGGGUACCGGUGGCGCAUUGGUAGGCCUGGGACCACCACUACCGGCGCUGGGCAGCAGCAACACCGAUCGGCCGGAGCACAAAUCUUUCGCCGAAUCACCUCAACAGGCCAUCACCAGCAGCUCGGCAGAAUCGUUUAAUUCGUUUUCGGGCGUCGGUGGCGGCGGUGUACCACUGACCACCGAUCGGUCCAGCUACGGUGGUGCGGCGUUCGGGAAAUUGUCCACGUUGGGUGGAACGUCGCAUCCGCAUCACCAGCACCAUCCCCAGCACCAUCAACCGGCGCGCUAUCAUGCGGCCCCGAGGUACACCGAGCUUCCCGGUGAAGAGCAGCAACCAUCGCCGGGUGUUCCGGUUUCCUCGCCGAACGAUCCCAGCCAGAAGACGCACUUCUCCUAUCAGCAUCAGCAUCCGAGACCAUCGGAGCAACCGGGUCCGAACACCACGGGUCUGGUGUUCGGGUCAACGCGGUACGACAGCACCACUGCAACGAUAUUUCCCCGCGAUGAGAUGGACGAACAGCUGAUCGAUGAGUAUCGCCGAGCGUUACAUCAGCUGAAACACCAGCAACAGGUGCAGCAGCAGCAGCAGCAGCAGCACCAGCAGCAAGAGUUCAAAGUUCCUUGCGGUGGUAAGGACGGUCCGCUGAAAAGCCGCUUUCUACACCAGAGGUCAAAUGGUAAAUUAAGACAACCAACUCACAGCACCAGUAGCAGCAGCAGCAGCAGCAGUAGCAGCAGCAGCAUCUGCGCUAUCGAGGAGAUGUCAACCGGUGGUGGAGAUGGGCUGAAUCACCCAAUCGGUGGUGACUGUGAGAACAGUGACUCGGGAACGACCGUAAUAGGCGAGGCGACGUUCAACAAGGGCUCACUGAUCGAGUUCAGCAAUGGGGAGAGCAAGCGAAUCGAGGACGUGCGCGCCGAGGAUUUGAUCCGUACGGCUGAGCAGUCGUCGGACUUGCGGCUUACCGAGGCCAUCGUCCGUGCCAUCACUCUCAGCGAUUCCGCCCCCGCAGCUGAUCCCACGGCUGGCGAUGCACUGCACAUGGUACUGGUGACGUUCUCCUACGAUCGCGAGCAGUACAUCAGCAAGGUAGAAGCGUCGUACGAGUAUCCGUUCUUCGUCCUCACCAAAGGUUGGGCUUCGUAUAGUCCAUCAGAAACGUUUACCAAGUACAAUCUGCACUGCAAACCGCUCCUCGUCGGUGACACGUUUUUCGCGCUCGUCGCCUACAAACCACUCGUCCAGCGCUCGUCAUCACAGCAAAGCACCGUGACCGACGGCGCCACCACCACCACCCCUUCAUUGGAGCCGGUGGCGGCGGUGAAAAAGCAGGGAAGAAAGCGGAGCAUCGCUGCUGCCCCACCAUUACGUCGAGUAGUCGCCCAACCCACGAGGGUUGCGGGGCCCGAAGCAGGUUCACGAACGUGCGAUCGGUUACCGCCAACGCAGCAGCAACCGGACCAACGUAAACCUCUACCACUCACCGAUUGGGCAUAUCUAGCGUCGGAUCGGCAGCAACAAGUCCGAUUCGAGCCGCCAGCUGAUGGACACGACGAUGGUGGUUCUACGGAGGUUUUUUGCGACGACGAGGAUGACCAGAAACGUCAACAGCUGGGUAAGAAGCGUUCGUCCAGGCCGCCGGCACCGUACGAGGAUGUUUCCCGGCGAAAGCGUAAACCGCAACGGUUGUCACUGUCGGAGAGCGGCAGCAGUAUCGCUGGUGGGAACUAGAUGACUAGAUGGAUUGGCAGAUGAAUUGCCUGCUCCGAUCUGGUGUGUCCUUACACAAACACAAACGAAUAACGCUGCCAUGCGAGAGAUGCACACAUCCCGGCGAGGGGGUGUGUAGGAUGGGGACUUAGGAAGCAGGUCCUUGUUUUGUCCAGGUGAUUUGUUUUGGCGAGGUGGUGGUGUAAAGGUUGAAAGAGGGCAGAAUGAAAUGUACAGUAGCACACUCGUCGUCCCUUUUUCGCGGUUGUGCAGUGGCUGUGGGUGUGUGUAUGUAUGUAUAUAUGUGUGUGCAUGUGUGCUUGUGUGUGUGUGUGUGUGUGUGUUGAUUGCGGGCUAUACGUUUUGCAAAUGAUGGCCAUACGAUAAGAUUUGAACAAACGAAGGACAGGAUCAGAUGUAGUCCAGCAACCAAUCGACAACAGCAAACAGAUGAAUUUAAUUUUGAAGUAAGAAGCUCCUCUUUUUGGAAGUAUUUCGAUGAAUAUAGGUGCGCCUCUUUGGCGUAAACGUAAAAGGCAUAAGGAUAUUGGAAAGUAGUAUGAAUCGACUAGCGUUGUAGCUAGACCGCAUACGAGCGCCUGUGCGUGAGUGCUUGUGCCGUGAACAAUUGCCAACUGAUAGGAUAGGCUGAUGGUUAAGGAUUUACAAAAUUCAUUAAUUUAACGGCAAGAGCGCUAGUGUCGAGAAGAAGAGAAUAGCACAGGAAGCAAAGUAUAGAGCGGUAUAGAGCUGUUGGUGUUUCUAAAAGAAUUGGUAACCGCACCGACCCCGCGUUGAAGGCGAACCAGGACACAUAUAUAUAUUUUUGUAAGACGCUAUUCAUCAGUGGACCGAAUAGGUGUGCGCGUUUGGCACUUGCCAUCAUUGUCCACCAAAUAAAGUCCAUCCACUCAAUGUCUGCAAACGAGCCGUAGAAAUGUAGGUAGAAGCGGCUGUUCAGAUUCACGCACGACAUAUGUAGAUUACCACUCCAGAGGCUCUCCGUUCAGUAGUAGCGUUCCAGGUUUCCGUAAAGCCUAGGAGAAAAGAUAAUGCCCUGCGUAGUCUAAGAUAAUUAAUGUUGACUUUGCCAAAAAAAAAAAAGAACAUAAACAAAACAAUUAAUCGGUUUCGCAGAGAACACUGCUAGGUAUCGAAUGAUGGUGUGGCUGCCCC